AUGCCCCCAGACCGAGGCCGCGCCUCCCGCGCCUGUACAUCAUGCAGGAAACAAAAAACUCGUUGCUAUGAGCCUGGGGUUCCAGGAAAGGCAUGUCUACGAUGCGAAAGACUGCACCAAAAAUGCUCGCUGGUGCAAGAAUCAGAGCAACAAGAAGAUGAAGAGUCACCACCUCAUUCGGGAACAGAUGCGCGCUUGGAGCGACUAGAGAGAACAGUAGCAACUCUCCUUGAUCGUCUGGGCGAGGGCCCAGCAGGGUUUGAUGAUCACGAGUCCAAUAGACCCAGCGCACUGACGACCCCAGAAACUGGGGAAGUUACAUACGAGGAGACGGAAUCUCCCGCACCCCCGAUUAUGGUUCUUCGGAAUCUAGCUGCGGACUCGGGGGUUAAGUCUACCCCCGACACAAAGGGCACUGCAGCAGUUGUAGAUGAUCUGAUCCCCCAGGAUCUAGCUCUAGCACUUGUCACGAUGUAA